AUGGACCGCCACCUCGAGCCCCCAGCCGCCGGGACCGAGAGCUGGAUCUCACGCACUCACGAUGGCCUCCGCAUCGAAACGCUGGCCGUCGUUUACCUUCUCGCUCUCAGCGCUGCCUUGAUGGGCCUGAGGGCCCUCUUCACCCUCCGCCGUUGCGUCAAGGACAUGGCGGCCAAUCCAAGCGACCGUGCUCAGACGUACGCCGACUGCAAUGAGCGCGUCAAGAAGUGUACGCAGCGUCAGUGGUUCAUCAGUAAUAUUUACCUCUUGCAUGCUAUGGCUAUCUGGCUUGUCGAUGCAUCCGUCGGAGUCUGGGCUAUCUACAACGAUGUCGACGCGAACCCAGAACAGUACAACGCCCAGAUCUGGAUCGACCUCGCCAUUCACAGCGUGUCGAUGUUGGCCAUCUUCAUGGGCGUCUUCUUCAUCUUCCCACUCGGUCAAAUCAUGGUCGUGGGAUCCCUUAUCCGCCGCUUCGGUACGACCCGUGCCACUCUCGCAGACUACGCACCCGAGGUUCGCAUCUUGAGUACCCACAUCGCACAGCUCUGGGCCAUGCUGGGGUUCAUGAUUAUCGCCUGGUGGCCGGUUCUCGACCACACAUUCUACCGCCUUGUCAUCUGCGAGGCAGUCUUUGGCUCGGCUACUGUGUGGCAGCACAUCAGCUUCGCUUUCAACUUCCGCUCCGAGCAGUUGCAUGAUGUCGAGCUCCAGCCGCUGUUGGGUGUGCGUGAUGGGGUGAAGCUUUUUGGUCAACAGAUUGUCGCUACUCACACCAAGACUGUUGAUGGUCUGCCAAGCUACCAGGCAGUACCGCAGAGCUUGGACGGGAAGACGGAGCUCUAG